CAAAUGAGAUUCCCUUUCAAGCACGUGGUUUCUAAGAAAGGAAAAGCAUCUCAGUGGUGGCUGGCUUCUUCUGCUACCCCGAUCCACACAGAUAUAUAUAGCAACUCACAGCUUUUAACGAGCGCCAUCGUGAGAAAAAUGGGCUGGGCUGCGUGGGGAGCAAUGCUAGUGUUAAAGAUUGGAGGAAAGAUGGUUUUUAAUGCCGUCAUACCUGGGUCAGGUGCAUGCAUAGAGUUUGCUGAAGCGGUAAUCUGUUACCGCAAUGGCGAUGCAUGUGGUUGUAUGAUAAGCAUCGUCUCGGGAGUCGCGGACCUUGCUACGUUUGGUCUUGCGGGCGCCACUAAAGAUGCAAUGAAAAAAAGUGCAAAGAAAAGUGUUGUCCAAUUUGCCAAAGAAACGGUGAAGACGGGCUCUAAAGAAGCAUCCAAAAAGGGUGGUCAGCAAGUUGGAGAGGAACUUGCAAAAGAUGUGAUCCCUUCAGCAGUUGAAGAAGUCUUCUUCAAAGGUACCAAGUUGACAGUUAAACAGUUCCUCCAGGCUACUGGGUUUUCAUUCAUUUCUAGUGGAGGACAUGGAAUUGGGAAAACAAUUAUGGAAGCUUCGAUCGAGAAAUUGAUUACUGAAUCGCUGAAAGUGAAACCUAUAGCGAUUGCGUUUGAAUUAACCAAGGAAGCUGCUAAAAAAGGCGCAGAGGAAGAGUUAAAGAAACAAUCCUACAAAUUUAUUGUUAAAGACGCCACCUUUUCACUUGUAAAAGGAGGCAUAAGAUUCAAUCAAGAUGAUAGAAAAUAAUACCAAACGCUUGUUACGUGUAGAGCUAUUUCAGUUUUCAUUUACCAGCAGGGAGAUGAUACUGAAAGCUCGGUCUUUCUUUUUCCCUACUGCUAUUCACAUAGUUGUAAUUAAUAACUCUGCAAGUAGUUUUAUAACUAGAUUUCGCACAUCGGAACACAUCGUUCAAGAUUCUUGGGAAAGCAAAACUUUUUCUCUCGUGGCCAGUAAUUAAGUGUAUAAUGAUGUCCUGCUAGAUGUAGCCCUAUACUACUGGUAGAUCAAAUUUCACUGAAGAGCAAACAGAAUCCACAACUUGGCGAAAUUGCUGGAUAGAGGUCUUUUAGAAUGCUUUAAAAAAACAAGGAGUAACUAAUACCUUUGUUUAGGACACGACGAUGAAAUUUUAGAAAGUUUGCCAGACUUUUCGAUUUGUUCAUGUUAUCAUAACCUUGUGCUUGUGUAACUCAUAACAACACCUAUAGCUUCAGACCGAUACACAUGUAUUUUAUAGUACUUUAAACAAGAACAUUAGUUUUAUGUUUCUAUUAAUAAGACUAAAUCUUUUAGGUUUUAACUUUUUAAAGUUAUGUUUAUUAUAGUGCAACUGUAAUCACGGUAAUCUAAUAAAACUAAGUCAGGUUUGAGUCGCAAAAAUAUAUAUAUAUGAAAGAUGAUAUAUCAAAGUGUGGGAGUUGUCAACCAUUACCUAGUGAUGAGAAGGCUUAUCCUUUUCGGGAACGAAACAUCACUCCCAUACGUUUGUCAAAGUCAAGUAUGUAUUAUAAUGGAGUAAUUCUCUCCAGUUUAACACCAAUGUUGGCAUGGUCCCGGCUUCUAAGAAGACAUAGAUGGCAAUUGUAACUGUUCCUGGCGGCAAUGUAUCAAAAUGACUUAGUAAGAUAGUAACUGAUGAAAUUUUUUUUUAUUUCA